AUGACGUUCGCGUGGAAAGCCGCUGGCCUUACCUACAACCGCUACCUCGCCGUCGCCGCCCGCGUCGUGCGCCGCAGCCUGAAGGAAGACAAGAGACUCGCUGCCGAGCGCCGGGGCCAGCAGGACCUCAAGUUUGCGAAGUGGUCGAACGGCAAGCAGGGCGAUGUCAAGAAUCUGGCCGAUGCGAAUGCCGAGGCGGCUGUCGAGAGCGCUGCCGCCGGCGGUGCGCAGUAA